AUGGAGGAUGAAUCGUAUGCAAUGAAAGGAGGAGAUGGUCCUCACAGCUAUGCUCUAAACUCUACCUUUCAGAGAAAUACAAUUGAAGCAAGUAAAAAGUUGAUCCAAGAGGCAAUAGCUGAAAAUUUUAAUCCCAGAGGCUAUGCAGAACCUUCAAGGCCAAUUUCUAUUCGUGUGGCAGACUUGGGCUGUUCUACAGGACCAAAUACAUUUCUUGCAAUGCAAACUAUAGUAGAUGCAAUAGAGCUCCAAUUCCAAUCAAAGGGUGUAGCCGUUCAAAACCCAGAAUUCCAAGUUUUCUUAAAUGACCAAGUCUCAAAUGACUUCAACACACUCUUCAAAAAUCUUCCUCCAAACAGAAAGUAUUUUGCAGCUGGUGUGCCAGGCUCUUUCCGUGGACGCUUGUUUCCAAGGGAAACGCUUCAUUUGGUCCAUUCUUCUUCAGCUCUAAAUUGGUUAUCUAAGGUGCCAGCAGAUAUUACAGACAUAGCUUCUAGUGCUUGGAAUAAGGGGAGGAUUCAUCAUACAAAUGCUCCCAAGGAAGUUGCUCAUGCCUAUGAAACCCAGUAUAAAAUGGACUUGGAAAAUUUCCUCCAUGCCAGAGCACAAGAACUUGUGGACAAUGGACUAAUGCUACUUGAAAUUCCUGUAGCAUCUGACGUAGUUCUUGAUUCAGAUGCAGACCCUGGUAAAGUUUUUGAACUUAUUGGAUCUUGCCUGGUGGACAUGAUCAAAGGGGGACUGGUUGGUGAAGAAGAAGUGGAUUCUUUCAAUUUCCCUUUGUUUUACGCACCACUUAGGCUUGUGAAGGAAACUCUUGAAAGAAAUGGCUGUUUCAGUAUUGAGCGGAUGGAAGUGUUGCAUUUGAAAAGCAUUUUCACAACCCCCAGUGUCCAAAUAUAUAUUUCGUUGUACAGAGCUAUGCUUGAAGGGUUGAUUGAGAAGCACUUCGGUGAAGGAAUCGUUGACGAGCUUUUUAACCGCCUCGCCGAGAAAGUUAAGGAAUUUCCAGAUAUCAUGAAUACAGAGAAGCUAAAACUAGCUGUGCUGUUUGUUCUUCUCAAGAGCAAGCCAAAAAGCAAUGAUAGCUACUAG